UGCACGUGGUGCCGAGGGGCUGCUGCUGCUGCUGGGAGCGCGUCGCGUGCAGGUGCCCGCGUGAGCCCGCCCGGGGGGAGUUGUCGGCACGACGACCCGAGGCGCAGCCCGAGCCGAGCGGUGACAAUGGGUCUCCUUGCGUCACGAGUGGCGUCGCUGCUGGACGGAAUGUUCACUCAGCAAGCGCGCGUGCUGCUGCUGGGUUUGGACGCGGCCGGGAAAACCAGCAUCCUGUACAAGCUCAAGCUCGACGAAUCCGUGGUGACCAUCCCGACCAUCGGCUUCAACGUGGAGACCGUGCAGCCCAUCAGGAACGUCACCUUCACCGUGUGGGACGUGGGCGGCCAGCAAAAGAUCCGCGCUCUCUGGAGGCACUACUUCCAGAACACGGACGGGCUCCUCUUCGUGCUGGACAGCGCGGACUGGGAGCGCUUCCCGGAGGCUCUCAAGGAGCUGGACGCCAUCCUGGACAGCCCCGAGAUGACGCGGGUGCCCUUCGUGCUCCUCGCCAACAAGCAGGACCUCCCGCGGGCAGCGGCCACCGCGGAGGUGGCGGAGGCGAUGAAGGCGGUGAAGACGCGGCACGGGCGCGAAUGGCUGGUGCAGGGCUGCUGCGCCCGCACCGGAGAGGGCCUCCUGGAGGGCGUGGGGCAGCUCUCCCGCUUUAUCAGCAACUCCAGAGCCUCCUCGGGGACAAAUCGUCUGCUGUGCACCUGCAUCAGCAGCCACACGAACGAAGCAUCAGAAGAGAACGCGUCCACGUGCACGCGCCACGCGACUGCGCGUGCCUCUCGCUGCGAGUGA